CUUUUACUUUGACAGUCUGGAUGUGUCCGCAGUCCAGAAGAAACGCAGCUUCAUCUCUGCGCACUUUCUCAACCUGAACCACGAACCUGAGUCCUGAUCCGACAGAGAGCCGAGUCCGGACCGAGUCCGGACCGAGAAGAACCGAGCCAGUGCAGAGACCCGGACAGACAAAUACCUUCAUCUUCAUCAAGACCCGCAGAUUCUUCAUCACCGGAGGAGCAGAUCCGUAAUGUCGUCCAGUGUUUGACGCUGAGGUGGAUCCAACAUGGCUGCUGCUGCGUUCACAGUGUCUCUGUGUGUCCUGCUGCUGUCUGCUGUGAGCGGCCUCCAGUCCGACGACAGAGAGUGUGCGUUCACUGACCUGCAGGGGGCGGAGCCUUACAGUGGAGCAGACCAUGCUGUGCGUGGAGAGGUGCGAGACAAUGGUACGGUCCGCUGCAGCCGCGGCUCUCGCUGCUACGGCGUGUGGGAGAAACGAGGCGACGGCAGAAUGCAGCUGGUCAAACAAGGGUGUUGGAUCCACGUCGGCGACGAGCAGGAGUGUCUUGGCGACCGUUGCCUGGUGACGGCGACGCCCUCACAGAUCCAAAAUGGCAGCUAUCGUUUCUGCUGCUGCAGUCGAGAUCUUUGCAAUGCCGACUUCACCGAGGCCCCGCCCACACCCGAUACUCCCGCCCUCAGACUCAUGAAGGGGGGCGGCACACAGACAGAUCAACAGCAGCUCAAGAGGGAGGAGACGGCGCUCAUCGCCCUGGUAACUGUCGCCAUCACAGCUGUUCUCAUUAUAGCACUGUUUCUGGGAUAUCGCAUGAUGAGAGGUAAACACAAACCCUCUCUCUCUGCUCUGGACGUCAUGGAAACAGCAAACACUGACUCGUCCUUCGACCUGGACAAUCUGAAACUGCUGGAGCUGAUUGGUCGAGGUCGUUACGGCGCAGUGUUCCGUGGUGACCUGAGCGGCCGCUGCGUGGCCGUCAAACUCUUCAGCGCCACCAACAGGCAGAACUUCACCAACGAGUGUUUGAUCUACAGCCUCCCUCUGCUGCAGCACGACAACAUCGCCCGCUUCCUCACCGCGGACCACAGGAGCACGGAGCCGCUCAUCGUCAUGGAGAACUACCCUCAUGGCAGUCUGUGUCAGUACCUGUCUCUGCACACGGUGGACUGGUGGACGUGUCUCAGGAUGUGUCUCGGUGUCACCAGAGGAUUAUCCUUCCUCCACACUGAGCUGUGUAGGGCAGACCAGUACAAACCGGCUGUGGCUCACAGAGACGUGACGAGCAGGAACAUCCUGGUUCGGUCAGAUCUUACCUGUGUCCUCGCAGACUUCGGCCUCUCCAUGAAACUGACAGGAACCAGGAGCAGUCGCCAUGGAGAUGAUGACACCAUGGCGAUAUCUGAGGUGGGGACAGUGCGGUACAUGGCGCCCGAGGUUCUGGGCGGAGCUUUGAACCUCAGAGACUGUGAGUCUGCGCUGAAGCAGGUCGACGUUUACGCUCUGGCUUUGAUUUACUGGGAGAGUUUCAGGAGGUGCAGGGACCUGUUUCCAGGUGAAUCUGUCCCAGAAUUCCAGCUGGCGUUCCAGGUCGAGGUCGGGAAUCAUCCGAGCUUUGAAGAAAUGCAGAUUCUCGUCCUGAGAGAAAAACACAGACCAAAGUUUCCUGAAGUUUGGAAGGAAAACAGUUCACUGCUUCAUUCACUGAAGGAGACGAUGGAAGAUUGUUGGGAUCAAGACGCUGAAGCUCGACUCUCUGCUCAGUGUGCAGAGGAGAGACUGUGUGACCUGCUGACUGCACACACACACAACCACAGGAAUCAGUCUCAUGGGCAGUGGUCUCCUCAGGUUGGCUCCUCCUCCCCCUACAUUGAGGAUGUGCAGGUGGGCGUGGUUAAGAAUCUCCAGUCAGAUGCAUCAGCUGUUGUCAGGACGACCAGUGAAGGAAGUGAAAAGAACACAAACGCCAUCAACUAUGAGCGACAGCAGGCUAAGAGUCAAGCUCGCUCAUCCACUUCAGACGGCGGUGCCUCAAACAGGGCGGCCAUGACGCCUGCCAGCCUCAUCACUAUCUGUGAAUCUGAACACAGUGGCGCUGUGUCAAGUGUCCCAGUCUGUCUGCAGCUGACAGAAGAAGACCUAGGGGCCACCAAGCUGGACCUCAAACAGGUGGAUAAAAAUUCGAGAGAAAACUCUGAUGAAAUCCUGAUGGAACUUUCACAGAAACACUUAAGCUCUCAGCCACAGACCACUCUGCUAUCCCAGCAUGCACUGCUGCUCACUGACAAGGUAAACAGUCCUAGAUCAGCUCCUCAUCGUGACCUGGGAGGAGCUGGUCCCACUGAGACUCCUCCCCCUCCAUGCUCCGCCCACCCUCUCUGCAAACAGCAGAAUUUGCCUGUGAGACCGAGCAGCCUUCAGCUCGUCCUGAAAGACAAGGACAAGAGCCACAGACAGGUGGAAACAGGCGUCGCUAAGAUGAACACACUCACGGUGGUCGCGGCUGCAGCGCCACACGUGGUCACCGCAGUGAACUACAACACUGGCAACAACGCUCACUGCACAACAGCGAGCGCCCACAGCUACAGCGCCGGCGCCCCCACGCUGGUGACCAAUGGAAUGACAGGCGGAGGAAGGACAAAUCCAGCAGGACCGCAGCUGGACGAGGAGGAGACACCGACCAAAGAUGACGGACGUGUCAACUUCAGUCCCGAUGAACACGAGCCACUGCUGAGGAGUCCAGAGCUCCUCCCACACCGUCAGCCACGAGCAGGAAACAUCCUGUCGGGACGAGGCUCCAAUUCCAACAAUAACAACAACAGAGGAGCGCUGGGGUCAGAGGUCACGGUCAAAGUUCUGGUUCCAGAACAGAUGUUGAACUCCAGCCGUUCCCAAACUCCAGAGGCUUCUGUGGUCCACGUCCCUGAGGUCCUCGGGUCUGAGUCAACAAAAGCACCAGAGAGGCUUCGUCCAGACGCCUCAGGAGCCCAAGAGCUUCAAGAUGUUCUCGAACCCAGCUUGACCCAAGAAGGUCCAGCUGCACGAGCGCCAGCCUCAGAUCCAGAAGCCUCUGAUCCAGAAGCCUCAGAUCCAGCAGCCUCAGCUCCAGCAGCCUCAGCUCCAGCAGCCUCAGCUCCAGCAGCCUCAGCUCCUGCAGCCUCAGAUCCUGCAGCCUCAGCUCCAGAAGCCUCAGCUCCAGCAGCCUCAGAUCCAGCAGCCUCAAAUCCUGCAGCCUCAGAUCCAGAAGCCUCAGAUUCAGAAGCCUCAGAUCCAGAAGCCUCAGUUCCAGAAGCCUCAGUUCCAGAAGCCUCAGAUCCAGAGGCCUCAGUUCCAGAAGCCUCAGAUCCAGAGGCCUCAGUUCCAGAAGCCUCAGAUCCAGAGGCCUCAGUUCCAGAAGCUUCUUCUCAACGGGAUCCACACCCAGAAGAUCCAGCUCCUCAACCUGAAGGUUCAGAAACCAGCAUCAGUGAAGAAGCUGCAGUUCAGGUGGAACCAAGGAGAACCAGGCGGCCGGAGCGUCCGUGUUCUCUGGACCUGUCCUCAUGCUGCCUCCCUUCAGAUGGCGACAGUCUCAGCUCCUCAGGUGAGAAAAUCAAACGUCGAGUAAAAACUCCGCACACUCUGAAAAAGUGGCGUCCGGCCUCCUGGGUGGUUUCCACGGAAACGACCCUUGACCCAGACUUUGAGUUCGACGUUAACCUCCCAAACAUCGUCCAAUCAAAAUCCAGCAUGGCUGUGUUUUUGGUUGGGGGAGGAGCCAAGGCGACCUCUGACCCUGAUGUGAUGACCUGUUUCUAGCUAACACUAAGGCAAACCAAACUUUUAGCUUUAGUUAAUAAACAUGCUACUAUUGUGUAGCAUCUAUUAAAGUAGCUGCUGAUGAAAUCAGAUGAUCAUGUCUGAUGUUUAGAUAAUUCAGCUCGAUGCUAACAGCUGUAGCAGUUCAUGGUUCCAGCUCUGGUUUAAUGGGGUCAAAGGUCAAAUAUUUUAUGCACUUUUUUAUAUAGAAGUGUGUGUAUUGAAUGUGUGAGUUUUUUUUAUGUUAAAUCUUCAUGACGCCCCCUGCUGCUCACACCAGGAACUGAUGUAAGUGAAGGACAGAGGAAGUCGAGAAGAAGAUGAAUGAGUGAAAAAAGGUGAAGGAGGGAAACAGCUGUUUAUAAUUCAUUCUAAAUCAGUAUUAAAGAAACCUUUUUUAUAUUUUUAUGUUAUUUCAAAAUUGUAUGCAUCAGUAGAAGAAUACGUAGCUGUUUAUUAAGAUGAUUAAAAUGUUUCAAUCACACGUUUAUGAACAGUCAAACAUUUAAAGUUGUUCACACUCAUUAAUGUUUCAUAAUCAUUGUUUUCUGUUUGUUUUACUAAAGAAAAUAUCAACAACAAAGCUAAAGUUGUGUGUGUGUGUGUGUGUGUGUGUGUACAGCAUAUACACACACACACACACAGCAUGUUGUACUGACACACAUUCUCAUUUGUUCAUUAAAAAAUUUGAUGUUCUCUCUGGA